GGCAAAUUGGAAAGUCAACUACAAUUUAACACUUCCUUAUUUUCUCCCAAAGUCAAAAGAGCAACUCUUUUGAGAAACGAAGGUAGUAUAUUUUAAGGAUAUAAAAAUAAUAAAAUAUGAAACUAUAGGACCGUUGGAAUCAAGUGUCGGUAAUACCUACAGCACCAUGGAUGAUGACAGUUGCAGCUAGCUCCAUCGACCGAAGCUUCCCCUCCAUUGUUGAGCUUGGCAAUGGAAACAUUCUCCGGGGGGAAUCCUUGUACUCCGGCAAGCCCACAAAGAGACUCCCACUUGUAUAUGGCAAAGGUAAAAAAGGUGCUGAGUUUUGCACCAAUGGAACACUAUAUUCGGGUUUGGUUAAGGGAAAGAUUGUGGUUUGUGAGAGGGGAAUCAAUGGCAGAGCCGAGAAAGGAGAGGUGGUGAAGAGAGAAGGCGGCGCCGGAAUGAUUCUUAUUAACAGAGUUACAGACGGGGAACAAGUCUACGCCGAUCCCCACUUCUUGCCGGCCGCCGGCUUGGGAGCUUCCGCCGGAAUUGCCUUAAAACAUUACGUUACUAGUAAUUCCACUCGAACCCCGACCGCUUCCAUCAAGUUCUCCGGCACGGUUUACGGGGAGCGGGCCCCAGUGAUGGCCUCCUUCUCAUCCAGAGGGCCCAGCGCGGUGUCGCCGGAGAUCAUCAAGCCGGACGUGACCGCUCCGGGGGUCAACAUAUUAGCCGCGUGGCCGCCGUACAUCGGGCCCACGAUGCUCGAGAGUGACAAGAGAAGCGUGGAAUUCAACGUCCUCUCGGGGACUUCUAUGUCUUGUCCUCACGUCGCCGGCUUAGCCGCCCUUUUGAAGUCGGCUCACGGCGACUGGUCGCCGGCGGCAAUAAAAUCGGCGUUGAUGACUACCGCUUAUGCCCACGACCGUGAAGGAGCUCCGAUAGCGGAUUCCGUCGCCGAGAACUCCACCUCCGCCACCCCUUUCGUCUUCGGGUCCGGCCACGUGGACCCGGAAAAAGCGGCCGAUCCGGGCUUAAUUUACGACAUUCCCGCCCGAGAUUAUCUCAACUACCUGUGCGGCGGCCUGAACUAUUCUUCCGCCCAAAUCGCCCUCGUCUCGCGGGAAAAAUUCACCUGUCCGGGAAAGGGUAAUGUGGUAAACGGCCUCCAGCCCGGCGAUCUAAACUACCCUUCUUUUGCGGUGAUAUUUAACGGCGGCGUUAAAUCCAACCGCACUCUCAAGCGGACGGUGACAAACGUUGGGAUUCCUGGAAGCACUUACACUGUUCAUGUGACGGAACCGGACGGGGUGUCGGUGAUUGUGGAGCCCAAAGUGUUGAAAUUCAAGAAGGUGGGAGAGAAACUGAGGUACAACGUUAGCUUUGUGUCGCGGAUCGGGAGUGGCCAUUCAUAUGGAUCGCUGGUUUGGAAAUCAACAAAAUAUGCUAUAUUGCAGAACCAAACAUUUACAAACGAGUUCCCCAUCCUCCAAAGACAAAAUUCAUCCUCUUCAGUACUGGAUACAUCUUCUGUAGGGUCUAGUCCCCAUCACCAUCCUUCCUACUCAAACACAUUGGUAGUAGAAAAAGGACGCAACAAGGGUCUGUGGCUUACACCGUCCACACCCUCUAAAACCUCGAUGAAAUGUCUGCUCAUACAUGGGAAUCUGGAUAUCUGGGUGUACAAAGCGAAAAACCUCCCAAAAAUGGACUUGUUUCAUAAAACCAUAGGUGACAUGUUUAACAAACUGCCGGGGAACAUGAGCUCCAAGAUUGAAGGACACAUGAACCAUAAGAUCACAAGUGAUCCUUAUGUCACAAUUACAUUGUCAGGUGCAACCGUGGGACGGACCUACGUGAUAAGCAACGACGAGAAUCCCACUUGGAUGCAACAUUUUAAUGUUCCAGUUGCACAUUGCGCUUCUGAAGUUCACUUCAUUGUGAAGGACGAUGACGUGGUGGGGUCCCAACUUAUAGGGACAGUGGCAAUUCCGGUGGAAAACAUACAUGGAGGGGGGAAAGUUGAAGGAUUCUUCCCAAUUCUUUCAAGUAAUGGGAAGCCAUCCAAGGCUGGUUCUGUUUUGAGUCUCUCAAUCCAAUACACACCCAUGGAGCAACUAAACAUUUACCAGUUUGGAGUUGGGGCAGGGCCGGAAUACACUGGGGUUCCAGGGACCUACUUUCCAUUGAGAAAUGGUGGGAAAGUCACCCUUUACCAGGAUGCCUAUGUGCCUUUCGGAAGCCUUCCAAAUUUGGAACUUGAAGGUGGGAUGAGGUAUGUGCAUGGUCAGUGCUGGACUGACAUCUUCAAUGCACUGCGAAAUGCUCGGAGGUUGAUUUAUAUCACAGGAUGGUCAGUGUGGCAUAAGGUUAGAUUGGUAAGGGAUGAUUCUUCCCUGGAAGAAUGUGCUUUAGGAGAGCUACUGAAGUCAAAGUCACAGGAAGGGGUGAGGGUGUUGCUUCUGAUUUGGGACGAUCCUACCUCUAGAAACAUCUUAGGAUAUAAAACGGAUGGAGUCAUGGCGACACAUGAUGAAGAAACUCGUCGUUUCUUUAAACACUCUUCUGUGCAAGUGCUUCUCUGUCCCCGUGUUGCAGGAAAGCGCCACAGUUGGAUGAAACAAAGGGGGAAUGUGUCUGGUUGUCCCAGAGAACCAUGGCAUGACAUGCACUAUAAGAUUUAUGGUCCGGCAGCGUAUGACAUCCUCACCAAUUUUGAGGAGCGUUGGCUUAAGGCAUCAAAGCCCCGUGGCUUUAAAAAACUAAAGAAGGCAUACGAUGAUGCAUUGCUCCGGAUAGAAAGAAUGCCUGAAAUCCUAAGCCCUUCUGAUGUUUGUUAUGUGAGUGAUGAUGAUCCUGAAGGUUGGCAUGUGCAGAUAUUCCGUUCCAUUGAUUCCAAUUCAGUAAAAGGCUUUCCUAAAGAUUCUAAACAAGCUACUAUGAAGAACCUGGUAUGUGGAAAGAAUGUCAUGAUUGACAUGAGCAUACACACAACAUAUGUGAAGGCCAUCCGUUCUGCACAACAUUAUAUCUACAUUGAAAAUCAAUACUUCAUUGGUUCCUCGUAUAAUUGGAGUCAAUAUAAGGACGUCGGUGCAAACAAUUUGAUUCCAAUGGAAAUCGCGCUAAAAGUUGCUGAAAAAAUAAGAGCACAUGAGAGGUUUGCAGCUUACAUUGUCAUCCCAAUGUGUCCUGAGGGUAAUCCAACGGGUGCUGCGACACAAAGAAUUCUUUUUUGGCAGCAUAAGACAAUGCAAAUGAUGUAUGAAACUAUUUACAAGGCCUUAGUAGAGGUGGGGCUUGAGGGUGCAUUUUCUCCCCAAGAUUACUUGAACUUCUACUGCCUUGGCAACCGUGAGGCACCUCCCAGUGCAAACGAUGCAUCACGAACUGAAAAUAAUGGGCCAGCAAAUAGUCCACAGGCACUCUGCCGAAAAAACCGCAGAUUCAUGAUUUAUGUGCAUUCCAAAGGAAUGAUUGUGGAUGAUGAGAAAGUGAUCAUAGGGUCUGCAAACAUAAACCAGCGCUCAUUGGAGGGAACAAGAGACACUGAGAUUGCAAUGGGAGCUUACCAACCUCAUUAUACAUGGGCAAGAAAGCAAUCGAGUCCUGAAGGACAGAUUUAUGGGUACAGAAUGUCUCUCUGGGCUGAGCAUUUGGGGGUUGUGGAGGAUUGCUUUAAGCGACCAGAAUCCUUGGAAUGUGUAAGACGCAUCAGAUCAAUGGGAGAAACCAACUGGCAACAAUUUGCAGCAGAUGAAGUGACAGAAAUGAGAGGGCACCUCAUGAAGUACCCUGUCCACGUUGACCGGAAGGGUAAGGUAAAGCCUCUUUCUAAGUUCCCAGUCUUUCCAGAUGUUGGGGGUAGCAUAGUUGGAUCCUUUCUUGCCAUUCAAGAAAAUCUCACAAUCUGAGUUUCAUGUUUUGGGAAAAAAAUCCAAAAACAACUCCCACAAGCAUAUAAGGAUGAUGGGUGUUGAAAAUGCAAGUUUGUAAUGACAUGGUUAGUAUUUUCGCUCAUAAAGAGUUAUGAAUUUG